GAAGUGAUGGAGCAGUGGAGGGUCUGACCCCAACCCUCAGGUGCAGGUGCUGCAGGAGGCGGGUGUAGCACGUCAACUGGAAGCUGAUUGGCUCCUGUAACUGUUUGCCAUCAUCUCCUGAAAAGACUCCAGACGUAUUGGGAGCUGCACGCUUAUCAGUAAUAACCAAAAGUUUAUAUACACGUGGCGUUGUUAUUUAAGAUGUCGAGCAGGGAUCCUUUCCCCUCUCCAAAGUUAGAAAACGAGUUCAGCCUCAGCGGCUUCAGUCCGCAGCUGAGACAAACAUGCAAGAAACCGACACACCUGGCCCAGACUGAGGAGCCGUGGAGUCGCCUCUAUGACAGAGCUACUUUGGCCAGCACCAGACGCAGUGUUAUGUCCGAUGAAGUCCAGGCUCCCAACGACAGCCUCGACUUCCAUCUAAACUCAGUCUACGAUCACAACAAGGACCUCUUCUAUAAGAAGAACCAGACGUUAUAUCAGAAGGAGAGCGUGUCUGAGGACCACAGGAAACAUGGAAACGAAAAUCUACCGAAGACAGAAGAGAGAGACAUCGUCGUGUGGGUCGACCCACAGAGGCGCUCGGUUCACAGCAUCAAGUGACACACAGAGGAAGUUCAGUUAAAAUAAAAUUCCCAACAUUUAUCGUCACAGCAGACAACGUCUUUGUUCAGAAACUAAUAUUAAGCAAUGCUUCUGAUUCAGAUCUGGUCUAAAAGUGUUUCUUAAAUACCUGAGGGAGAACAUGGGCAGCUUCUUUUCUACAUGAAGCUUUGGGUACUUAUCUAAAAGCGUUUUUGAAUCACUUUCUUUUCUAAAUGACACACGCUGAACACUGAAAGGUGACCGAUGGUGAUUUGAUUUGAGAAACCCUUGAACCACAAAUAUCUUGAUAAACACUGAACAUCUUUUAGAAUAAAAGUGGAAUGAAAAUUA